AUGGCACCAGCACGUACUGCUAACCGUCGCGGCCAACGCGACCAGAAUGUAUCCAGUCCUAAUGACCAGUCUACUCCCCCGUCCGACCUCUCUAAGGAGCUUUUUAUGGAUCCCAUGAUGGGGACCCCUCUCCAGAUAUAUGUUGAGAAGGAUGUAGAAAACAGGGACACCAUUGUUGACCUCAUUACGAGCCACGGAGGGUUAGUGUCUCCCGGAUAUAGCGGCGUUCCAUAUAUCUGUGUGGAUCCACAUAAGGAAUCGGGCCAAAGUCUAUACCGUCAAUAUGCUGGCAAGAAAGGUAAAAUGGUACUAGACGCUGCGUGGGUUCUUGAAUGCGUCAAGGCCGGCGUGUUGCAGACGUACCACAAUAAUUGGGCUGGGUUCAAAGUCACGGGGAAAGAACAAGUCAUUCCUAUUGCUCGUGCUGUGACAAGUCAAUCUCAAGCCGGACCGUCUUCUAGCGAUGCACAACCGCCAUUGAUGACUGAAGGAAUGUCGGCCCAAAUGCACCCGCCUCCACCAAAUCCGCCUCAAGUCUUACAGCAGCAGGCUCACACAGUGCCUCCUCCUAUAACUGCAGCUACCACUGACCCUAUUCUCCAUCACCAUGCGCAACAUCCUUACCCGUACGCGGUAUAUGCGCCUCCAAUGGCAGAGGUCACUACUGGUGCGAUACACCCUUCAACUGCUGCACCUCCCCAGUCUUGGCAAGGCUCUAGUGGGAUUCCCCCUCAGGCAACACAUAUGCCGCCACCCCCACCGGCACCGCCUCACAUGAUGCCUCACGAAGCAUACAGAGAUGAACAAGCGUGGUCUGGUGCCUACCAUCAACCUCCCCCUCAUCCGGGUGCGAUGGUGGGAGCUCCGCCCCCGCCGUAUGAUUAUAGGUUCAGAGAAGAUCAGCGCGCCUACUUUCCUGCUCCCGAUUAUUAUCCUCAGCAUUACGAUCAGUCGUAUGCCGAGCCAGAGGGGACAUAUAUGGAAGAAGCGGGUCCCUCGAACGCAGAAUCUUCUACUCAAGCCGAUCCUUCUGAUAAAAGAGGUCGGAAACGGGUGCGGGCGCAGCCUCAACCAGCACCUCCUGCAUCUUCUUUGGUUGCUAAUCGGCGGAACCCUCCCGCACGUUCUCCAACUCCGCCCACUCGUGUCAUUAAGAGCACAUAUGGCGGCAACCUGUUCACCGCUGACGAUGUUGAAUACUUACGAAAAUACAUCGAAUAUUGUCAGGAACAAGGUCUCGUGCUUAGUCUCCGAGAAAUUUGCGAACGUGUUGCCGUCAAAGCUCCCCAUCACACGUUUUAUUCAUGGCGUCGAUACUGCAACAAGCAUCAGAUUAGGCUGGGAGGUUAUGCUAUGGAUGCGCACGAUGCCGAUGAGGAUCUUGGUAGUUCUGAGUCGCAGUCCGGUCAGCAACCACCAGGACAGGCAGAGCCUGAACCCCAGGUCGUUACCACGGCUGGCCCAGGUGCAAUGGAAGCCGCACGUCGCGCAGCAGCAGCAGAUAUCAAUCGCACGCGAUCCCCCACCCCGCCAAGAGCACUUUUUAGGAGCACUACAGGAAAAGGUGUUGCUUUCACGGAAGAGGAUAUCACAUUCCUCGUCCGAUUCUUAGAAUACCGGAAUAGAACGCAGGGCGUUAAGAUGGAUAUGGUGAUAUUUUGGAAAGAUGUUGCGGCCAAGGCUCCGCAUCAUUCUCGUGCAUCAUGGAUGAAGUUCUAUCGUAGGCACAAGCACGAACUAAAUCACAACGAGGGCGAUGCUCCUCUACCCGCUCCUCCAGAGAAGAAAAUGCGCUAUAGCCGAAUGGACGACGUUUUGCUGGCCAAAUUCUUCCUCCACAAACCUGAAGGCACUUCGGAUAAGGUGUUCCAACAAUUUGGUCGAUUACAUCCACAUCAUCCCUGGAAAGGGUGGCAGGAGCACCAUCGCAUUCACAAAUCCAAGAUUGAUCAUCUUAUUCAGCGUCUUGCGAACGGCGAGAACAUUGACGAAGGGUCUGAGGAAUGA